UAAGGAUCCGGCAGAAUGGGAUGACGGUGAAUCCUGCUGGUGUGCUGUGAAUGUGAAGCAGGACAGACUGGCAGUUUGUGUGCAGGAGGGAAAAGGAAUCGGUGCAGAGCCCCUGGAUUAGCAGAUUAAGGACAGGAAAGGCCCCUGUGAUUUUGGCUGAUUUGCAUCCUCAGAGGUGUACAAAGACCUGGAUCAUAAGUUUUCAAACAGACUUGAGGUCGACUCCCACGUAAUGUCAGUAUGCCUGAAGGCAGAAAGGGAUCCAUGGGAAUGUAUUAAGACUUGAAUGUAUGCUGAAGAUGAUCUGCAAAAUGGAUUUGAGGGGUGAAAGUCAAUGAUUGCUGCCAGGAGAGAAGGAAAAUUUAGCUGACAAAAUUAGGCAUAGAUCUCCAGCACAAUUUGAAGGGGUAAAGCCUGCCUGCCUGGACUUGAAGGAGGUACCCACACUGACACAGAGACAUCCUCCAGGACUGCUAACAGCACUGUUCAGCCUUGCUCUUGCUGAGGAAGUUUCCCCACAGCACUGCAACGAUGAAUUUCCUCCGGCGGCGUCUCUCAGACAGUAGCUUCGUGGCGAACCUGCCCAAUGGUUACAUGAUGGACUUGCAGCGCCCCGACAGCUCCACGAGCUCCCCGGUUUCUCCUGCCACGGAGAGAAAGCACCUGCAGCCACCCCAGCCCUCGCACUCUUCCUCUACCGGCAGCAGCAUCUUCAGCUCCAUCUCCAGCGCCAUGAAGCAAACCACGCAGGCGGCCGCGGGGCUGAUGGACCACUCGGCCGGCCCCGCGCCCCCCGUGGCACAGAAACCCAAGAUCCUCCUGGUGAUCGACGACGCACACACGGACUGGGCCAAAUAUUUCCAGGGGAAGAAGGUGAAUGGAGAAUUUGAUAUCCGAGUGGAACAGGCUGAGUUCUCUGAGUUGAACCUGGCUGCUUAUGUCAUGGGUGGCUGCAUGGUGGACAUGCAGGUCAUGAGGAACGGCACCAAGGUGGUCAGGUCUUUCAAGCCGGAUUUUGUCCUGAUCCGCCAGCACGCCUACAGCAUGGCCCUGGGGGAAGACUUCCGCAGCCUUAUCAUCGGCCUCCAGUACGGCGGCAUCCACACGGUCAACUCCCUCUACUCCAUCUACAACUUCUGCAGCAAGCCCUGGGUGUUCUCUCAGCUCAUUAAAAUCUUCAACUCGCUGGGCCCUGAGAAGUUCCCCCUGGUGGAGCAAACGUUCUUCCCAAGCCAUAAGCAGAUGCUCACAACUCCAAAUUUUCCUGUAGUGGUCAAGCUGGGACAUGCUCAUGCUGGAAUGGGGAAGGUCAAAGUUGAGAACCAGCACGACUUCCGGGACAUUGCCAGCAUAGUAGCCAUGGCAAAAACCUAUGCCACCACCGAGCCAUUCAUUGACUCCAAAUAUGACAUCCGAAUCCAGAAAAUUGGCAGCAACUACAAGGCUUACAUGAGGACUUCCAUCUCUGGAAACUGGAAGGCAAACACAGGUUCUGCGAUGCUGGAACAGAUUGCGAUGACAGAGAGGUACCGACUCUGGGCAGACGCCUGCUCAGAAAUGUUUGGAGGUCUGGAUAUCUGCGCUGUCAAAGCUGUCCACAGCAAAGAUGGAAAAGACUAUAUCAUUGAGGUGAUGGACAGCUCAAUGCCUCUGAUUGGGGAGCACAUAGAAGAGGACAGACAACUUAUAGCUGAUCUGGUUGUUUCCAAAAUGACUCAGCUUGUCGUCACUGCUGGAUCUACACCGUCACCGCUGAGGCCAUGGCCUCCACAAGUUCAGCCUGUGUCAAUGAAAUCUCAGACUGGACCUCCGCUUGGACAACUGUCACAACCACGGCCUCCUCCACAAGGUGGACCACGCCAGCCACAAGGAUCUCAGCCUCCACGAACAAACGCACCCCCACAGCAGCGACUGUCUCCUCAAGGACAGCAGCCCCAGAGUCCCCAGUCCACUUCCCCUCAGCAGCAAAGGUCACCUGGAUCUCCACAGCAAGUCCGAUCAGCAACUGGCUCCUCUCCAGUCCAGGCCUCCAAGACAGGCGCGUUCCCUCCGCAGCAGCCUCGGCCUCCUGCCCAAGGCCGGGCUCCCAGCCAGCCAAGCCCCACGGAAAUGUCCAAGCAGCAAACCGCCCCACACCCACACCUGAACAAAUCGCAAUCCCUGACAAACAGCUUCAGCAUAUCUGAGUCAUCUCAGCGAGGAAAUGCCACUGAAGAUGAAGCAAAAGCUGAGACAAUCCGCAACCUGAGGAAAUCAUUUGCUAGCCUGUUUUCUGAUUAACAGUCCUGCUGGAUCUGUGCUUUUUUCAGCCCUCAUUCUACAUUAUGUCAUACCUGAUGUCAUCCUGGAACACCUUCAGUGAACCCAGCGACUUAAAACUAACACCUGGGUAAAGAGAAUUUAGAAAACUACAGUUGUUUUAAUACAGAGAAAAUAUUCAAAUAACGGUCUGAAAAGUGACUGUAUAAAAGUAUCCCUAUUUCAUUGGGUUUUGUACAUAAUCAGAAUCAUAUCUGUUCAAAUUACUGAGUUGUAAAGCAAAUUUUACUCUUGCUAACCCCUGUGGAGUCAACACAGUUAUGACAGCGCAAACUAGGUUUUAUUUUAAUUUGUAUAUAGUCAAUACAAUCGUUAAUUUCCAAUUACUGAAUUUUUGUUAAGAUCAAGCUAAAAAAAAUUAGGCUCCUUUCAGAAACACACAUGCAAAGGCAUGUGUGCAAAGAGUCAAGAAUAAGUAUCCAUUGACUGACAAAGUAAGCAUGCUUAAGCAUCCAGUGAACUGUGAAAUUUUAUCAUAGCAACUUCAUAAAAGGUCACUUUUCAGAGCAAAACUACAUUCAAGAUAAAUACGGUACCAGGCAUCACUAAGCACCAAAGAUCACAAAAGCAGGUCAGACAGAUGUCUGCUGCUUUGUUCCAGAUCACUUUGCUCAUAGCAGAUAAAACAUCUCUGUUUCAUGCCUUGCAUUUAUGUCCCCAGCAUGUGAUUCCCAAGGUCUGAGAGAAAAAUGUCAUGUUCUAACCCUGUAGUCUUAGUUCAAAAAUAACCUAAGAAAUGGGUCUUCCACACAAAAAAACUUCUUCCCCUGCCCCUGAAAACACCAGAGUUCACACUCACAGUUCACACAAAUUCCAGACAAAACCCAGCUAAACUCCAAGCACUUUGGUGACUUGGUCACAUCUGGCUGUGUAUGUCCCUCAGGAGCAUGCUUAAUUAAUAGCAGAUCUGAUGAAGUGCACAUAGUUGUGUGCUGAGUGUUCCAUAAUACUGAACGGACAGAGAGAUGGAGUGAAAUCCUGUCUCCUGCCUUGAAUUCCCACUGACUUUGCUGGGGUGAAUGCAAAAUGAAUGCAGGGUGACAAAUUUGUAACAGAACUGGAAAAUUAUACUUCACAAAUAAGAUGACCUGGGUCCUUCCUGAGACACCAAGCCACAGGAGGGCAUGUAUGGGAUUGUCCCAAGCAGUAACAAUCAGUAUUAGUUCUCCCUGACCAUUCCCAAGAGUUAUUCUUCCAGAGAAGACAGAGAUGGAUCAUUGCUGGUGUGCUUUUCCUCUAAUCCCGCAAUACUGAAAGAAGCUGGGUCUGUGCAUAUAUACUGGAACUGGGACAUGACAAACCUCACACAAGCUGUGUUCAUGACUGAAAAAUCUCACCCUAGGUAAAUCCAUGUAUUUAUAGCUAUUCAUACCAGCUGAGAGUCUACCCCUUGCACCCUGGGAGGUCUGUUUAGAACACACCUAAUGUAGGUGCCAGUCCUCAUCCUGCCACCUCAAGAUGCAGCUUUGAAGCCAGACUUGGCUUUGUGCUUCCCUUGACAACUUCACCAUGCUGAUACUUAGGAAUGCCCAGGCAAGUCAGUAAGUCAAAAAAAUAUUUGAGCCAAAGGCCCAGAUACUUGCUGUCACUUAAAUAAGGAGAGCCCUAAAGCAGCAAAAGCAACAGCUGUAUUAGCCAUCUUGGAUCUUAUGAUUCACUGGUGGGAAUAAAGCCAAACAAGGAAAUCCUUCCUGCAUAGCACCUGUAAUGAACAUCUAAAUCCAGUGAAGUCAUCUGGACCUUGUAUGACCUACCCCUGAGCAGGCCUUUGCACUCAUAAUAGCAAGUAACAGCAUAGCUUUUCCAGAUUGGAAGUCCCUCAAGAGACUCAUCUGCAUCAAUGAUUUAUACCUCAAGUUCAGUAUUACAGAACCACCUGAUUCUCUGACAGUUUGUCUUCUGCUUUGUUUUGCUUUCCUCAGCUCUUUGCUGUCCUUCAGGGUUUGAUAAGCAGUUUACCAUGUAGCAUCAUAAAUAUAUGUCAUCAUCUGAGGAAAAAAAAAACCAACAAAACAGUCCCUGCUGUUUUGUCUCUAGGAGCAAUAAAAGAGUGAGAAAUGGCCUUGAGCAAGCAGUGUCCCACUGGCAAGAGAAGCAGAUUAACAGGCUUCACUAUAUGGAGAAGAGGAUUUCCUUCUGUAACACUUCCCUCAGCAUGGUUUAUGCCUUUCCCUUCUGAAUGGACACCAGAGAUGCAGAGACAGAAAUUAAAGUUUACUGCAAGAAUCCUCAAUUUUUUUUACCCCCUGAAACUCCAUGAUUCCCUCACCAAUAGAACAUAUACAAAAAAGGCAUGGUGACUAGUACGACAUGGCCCCAUAAAUCAACAGCAGCUCAUCACUGAAAGUGCAACAGCUGGGUCAUUUGCUGAGGCUGCAUUUGAACACAGCAGGACUGUCUUCUGACAGACCACAGGAACAGCACUGUCAGCUUUCAUACCCAGCAGUGACUCAAUCUCUUCAUUUGCCUAUAGCUCCCAGCUGUCACCUCUCAUUGGACAAGCAAACAGAAUUGCAUCUCACCACCUAGCUUUAAGUUACAACAUCGAGUCCAAACAACAGGCACUCUCAGCUUAGUUAGUCUAUGGUUCCUGAAAAGCACCUUCAGUUUUAUUCACAGAAGUGCUUUAAAACAUUUAGUUGAUUUCUAAAGUUAGAAUGAUGAAAAUCUGUUCUGUCCUGUAACUGUCCCAACAGAACACUUCCAGUCUACAGUUAGGAUGCUCACAUACUAGAUGUGGCUAGCAGAAGAGUCACAGAUGCAUUACCCCUUCAAGUUAUCACUUUUGAUGCUGGCUUUCUGCUCCAAAAUCCUUACAACUCUAGAAAAGGGAAUACAAGGGGCAUUCUUCUUUUAUAUGAAUGGGAAACUAAAGUACACCCAAGAGGCAUUUAGGUAUCUAAAUACAACAGCAGGGGCAGUAAGAAAACAACAGAAAAGCUGGUAAAAAGAAGCCACAUUUAAAUCACAAGGCAUGCAAGCCCCACUGCACACCUUGCGAUUUUUCUCACACAGAUGUGAACAGUGAGCACCUGGUCAAAGCUUCUUUUCACAGAAUAAUGAGGUUGGAAGAGACCUCUAAGAUCAUCAAGUCCAACCUAUGCGCUAGCACCUCAGUUAGACUAUAGCACCAAGUGCCAUGUCCAGUCUUUUUUUAAACACAUCCAGAGAUGGUGAUUCUACCACCUCCCUGGGAAGACAAUUCCAGUACUUUAUCUUUUUGGUGAAAAAUAUUUUCCUAAUAUCCAACCUAUACCUUCCCUGAUGUAGUUUGAGACUGUCCUCUUGUUCUGUCAGUUGCUGCCCGGUAGAAGAGACCAACCCCCACCUGUCUACAACAUCCCUUCAGGAAGUUGUAGAGAGCAGUAACAUCUUUUGUCCUUUGCUUUAAGUUUCACUACAUGGAAGCCAGGAAACAUGAGUAGGUUUGUGUGUUUGGGUCCAGCCAAAGAAGUAGCUGGGACAUAGCUAUAAUACCCAACCAUAUCCACCACCUGGAAAGUUUACAUUUUGCUGUUUAGCUACAAACUGAAGAAAACCUUGACUUUCUUGUCAUAGCUAGGUGUGGUAUUUCAAGGGAAUGAACACACAUCCCCAGGCAAGUAAGGUCCAGCAGAACAGCAGUCCUGCUUACAAAAUACCACUUGUAAAUGCAGUAGUAUUUUACAGUCUUCCACUCAUCAUAAGCAGGUACGCAAGACCUUACACCUUGCGUACGGCUCAGUUGCUUCAUCUGGUUGGCUUAAAAUUUCAUGAAUUAGGUAAAAUAAUACACAGAAAAGCCAAGGAUAAUAGUUCCUUAUUUCCAAGUGACUCAGUAACAAUCUUUACAGUGCUAGAUAGUACAGGUAAGGAAUGCUCAUCUUAAGGCAUUUCAUCUUUUGUGAUUUCCAUUUUAUCACUUGCAACAACAGCAAUGAUACGCACACUUGACUUAGGAGCUCACAAAUAAAAAAAGUAAGCAGCUCGUUUUCAAGUAUUUCCUCUAUUUUGUCUUCUAAUUUUAUGCUGUUGGUCCUGAGAUACUCACUUUAUACCCUGUUUUAUGAAUAACAGGAAUUCCUCUUUAAGGAACUUUACAGUUCCAGCUAAGUCAGGUUUCCUAAUCUUUGGUUCACAAGACCUUUACUACAAUGUAAAUGACAACAAAAAAAGGGAAGGAAUAUCUUCAGGUCACUUAGUGGUGUAUGUAUAAAAGGGCUGAGUUCAUUACUUCAAAAACAAACAUUUCAAUGACAAAAUCUAGGAUAAAUUGAACCUCUGGCAUCAGCCUGGCAGAAGUAUGACUUCAUGGUUGUCUUCACAGCAAAGAGGGCCCGAUUACAGAGCAGCAAAUGGCUUGCCAGCAGGGCAAACCAUGUGACUGUCAUCAAGGCAUUGGCAAUGUAAGCACCACAAAAUUGACUUCUCACAUGCAUUAUGUGAUCACUGUUCCCAGAAAUAGCUUGGAAAAAAAAAAAAAAGGUAAGUUAUUAAUUACUUUAUCAGUUAAAGCUCUGUAAUCUUAUCUGAGUAUUAUUUAUGCAUUCCUGAAGCACUCAUCACAAGGACGAAAUGAUGCAAGACAAAUACAGUGUAGAUUCACCUUUUUCCUUUUUAUAGUCAGUGAAAUAUUAAGAAUUGCUGCAAACUAAGAGAUCUGACUAUACAUUUCACUGGUGAAAAUUCUUUUGGAACAAGGCAAUUCAACCACUGAAGGCAAAUGUUAAAAAUUAAGGCUAAUCUUGGUAGUGAAAGAAAACUAUCUCUGUGAAGAAGAAAAGGAAGAAAGAAGCAAUACAACUUUUGACAGCAAAAUAAAGUAUUAUAUUUUACUUCCACUGGCAAAACUCCCUGACCUUACUAAAGUAAAUUGUUUUUAUACAAAACAAGACAAACCACUGAAAUCUCACCUGAAAGCACACAAGUAUUACUGAUUAAAUAGCUUGCAUUUAAUAGGAAAUGUCAUUCCAUUUCCACAGCUGGAAUUUUAAAAAAGUUUUAGAAAAUAGUAUCAGUUGUCACAAAAAUCAUUAGUACCAUUCACAUUUAUAGAAACACUGAGAUCAAUAAUCUUAAAAAAUACAUAAGAAAUUAAAAGUUCUAGCAAAGUUUAGUCAUUCCAGUCUUCCUUUAAUUGAGCUCCAGCAUCAAUUUGCAGGUCUCAUCAGGAAACUUUUAACAUAAGAAAGUUUAACUUGGUUUUGUUAGCUGCUCAUUAGUUAAUAAGACAACACUUGAAAGGUGCUCAUAACAUGUUACAAUACAUUUCUUUUUGGCAAGAUACCAUCUGAUACUUAACUAAUGGAACUAAAUGGAAUUUACUGAAGUCAGACUUCAUUCUGCUUCUCAUGUUGUAGUGAUCCCAUUCCCACUGUAACCAGGUCAGCCUAUUUAAUUCUUUAUGUCAGAUAGGGAGAAGAGAUGUAUUCUCUCACUGCUUUUAGCUCAAACACAAUAAAUGCAGUCACUUACUAUAGAUCCUUAUUUGUAAAGUCAAGGACAAAGUCAAAAGUUUUGCUGCUGACUCUCUGUAAAAUUGCUCUGCUUUUGCUUAAGACUUCUGAGUUGCACUGUGGCAUGACUUUAUUCAAUUGUUUGUAAAAUGAAUUAAUUUGUGUUCUAAUAUUUCCAUUGUAAAGAAAAUCCCUUUGCUGUCUUCUUUGUGCAUUAAGUAACAAUACAAUAAUGCUUUUUACCUAAUAAAAUAUUAAAGGAAAAAGGAAA